GUUUACUACCCCCAAUGAUUGCCUUGCUUUAGACUAACUAUCCAGUUCCGAAUGGCUCUCAACUAGAAACGAACUCACCCUCUUUUUGAUUGAUCGCCCAGGUGGUCUUUAACCUCUAUUAUCAAGAUGAGCGCUGUCUCUCAAGUCAAGUCGCUGGCCCCGCAACAAGUUAUCCACGCCUACCGUCAUCUCUACCGACAAGGAUUAAAAGCAAUCAAUUAUUCGACUCCUUCGCGACAUGUCCUUCUUCGGAACUUGCGCAAGUCCUUUCGCACUUCGUAUCGGCAGGAUUAUGACCCUCAGAAAAUAGAGAACACCGUGCGCUUUCUCCAACGAGCAUCGGACGUGGCGGGCAUGGAGCAUAAGAUUGUGAAGAACUUGAUGAUUGUUCGAUAUUGGGACCAGCCUCUAUUGAGGAAAGACCUGCGACUUCUGAAGGGUUUAGGAGUUGAUCAACGAUCACCUUCUCUUCGCAGAGAUAUUAUCCGGCAAUUCAAUUCAACGCUAGUCUUUCUCAAUGAAAGUCUAGGGACAUGUUUAAAAUGAAACAAGGGAGAAGAAUGAUGGAGAUAUGAUGAACAGUAGCUGGGCUAGGUACACAUAUCCUAAGUAGAAUUUGCGGGCAAAUAUUCUCCCAAACCACCUUCAUCAGGAUCAAAAAUAAUGACAAUGACAAUGAUAAUUUAUAGAAGAAAGGAAAACCUGAG